CGCUGACGGAGCAGAGUUGCCCUUGCACUUGCGUUGCAGGUUCAAGUUCCUAGAAGCUAGCUAAGCUUGUACGCGCAUGGCCAGUGCUUGCGUGCUCCGUGGUGCGGUGCUUGUGGUGUGCGUCCUCCUGGUUCUCUCGUCCGCAUCUGCAGCGGCCGAGGCGGCUGGCCGGCAAAGAGGUCAUGGGAGAGAGGCCACGGCGCCGGCGGCGAUGGCAAUGGCAGCAGGAGGGCGCUUCGUCAGGAAGGUGCUGCGGGAGGAGAUGGUCCAGGCGGGACGCCAGGGCGACAUUGGCCAGUCUAAGAGGACCAGCCCCGGCGGCCCAGACCCGCAGCAUCACUAGAUGAUGUCGGUUCACGGCGGUCUCGUUGCAUGCACGUAGUUUUCAUGCAACAAAUUACGUAUCUGCCGGGCAUCAUAGGGGCCUGAAUUCAAGCCGAUCUAGCCAGCUUGUGUUCCUGUCUUGCAUGCUAGCAAAAGAGAAAAUUUUGUUUUUCCCCAAGCAUA